AUGGCAGAAGAGGCUCCAGCUCACGCCGCACCGGCGAAGUCACCCAAGAAGAAAGCGGCAUCUAAGCCCAAAAAGACGGGCCCCAGCGUUGGCGAGCUCAUCGUCAAAGCAGUGUCCGCCUCCAAGGAGAGGAGCGGUGUAUCCCUCGCUGCACUGAAGAAAACCCUGGCUGCUGGCGGCUACGACGUGGAAAAGAACAACUCCCGCGUUAAGCUUGCAGUCAAGAGUCUUGUCACCAAGGGUACUCUUGUCCAGACUAAAGGAACCGGGGCCUCCGGCUCUUUCAAAUUGAACAAGAAAAAGGCAGAGGCCACCAAGAAGAAGCCUGCCAAGAAGGCAGCGCCGAAAGCCAAGAAACCCGCAGCCAAGAAGCCCUCUGCCGCCAAGAAGCCCAAGAAGGCAGCGGCCAAGAAGCCAGCUGCGGCUAAAAAGUCCCCCAAGAAGGCAAAGAAGCCAGCCGCCGCUCCCAAGAAAGCCACCAAGAGCCCCAAAAAGGCCAAGAAGCCCGCAGCGGCAAAGAAGGCGGCCAAGAGCCCUAAGAAAGCCAAGGCAGCCAAGCCCAAGGUGGCUAAGCCUAAGGCCACCAAGGCAAAGAAGGCAGCGCCUAAAAAGAAGUAA